CCGUUCUUGAGUCUUCCCACGGUAACCAGUCCCGCAGUGACUUGUUCCACGGCAACGUUGACGGUCAGAGACCACAGAGAGCCUAAACGAAACAUUUUAGUUCUCUGCGAUCGUUUGCAGCUCUGAUCUCGUAGAACUAACCGGCCCCUCUAGUUCGGUCUCAAUACUUCUUCACCUAGUCACGUUUGGUGAAUAUCGUCUCGUUUAGUUCCGGAACAACUUGACAUCAAGAAUGAAACGACAUAUAGAGUGGUUUACAGGCCCAGACCAAACCCUUAAGGACCGCUCUCGAUUCUGGACCUGGAACAUGCGCGGACUCCACGGUGACAUGGAUACUAGAUACGAGGGUGACCGUCGCUCUUCAACGACUUCGGGACCUCAAGGCCGCCAUCUCUACACGAGUUCGGAGCCCAGCGGCUUCAACUUCCGUCCCUUAGCAUCUAACACCUAUGGCUAUCAUCCAAAGGGCGUUUCACUCCAUCGUAGACCGGAUGCCGGAUUAGCCGCACAGCACGCUUUGGCUCAUGAAACGGCUCCCGUCUUGGACAGCAAACGACCUAAAUGGUCCACAUCGCUGAAACCGUUGGACGACGUGAUGCUGAUGCGCGAACCCCGUGCGACUUCGGUACCGCCACGCCGGUCCAUGCUGCCCGCCGGCAGCGCCCUCCGUCGUCUGCCCAUCGAUCCAGCUCUGGACGACUUGCUCAAUCUCCGGACCUGGUCAGAAACCCGUACCGCCUCACCCGAAGAGUUGGAUGAAGCCGAGAAAGCCUUGCACAAGUUGAAAAAAAUCGUAGGCUAUUGUAAGCCCUACGACAGACACUGUCAUAACGCCAUUGGCAGCGUGGAAGACAUCCUCCGCAGCGUCGAAAGAAACGCCGAGAGAGCUGCUUCGGCCUCCAGAUCCAGGGUACCUGCCGAACCGAAAUCCGUCACUUUCGACCCGUACUACACCGACUGAAAACAAUUUGGCUUAAUCGAAACUUUCUUUGCUUCUUCCGAUUACCUUCAUGAGUGUACUCGUCCCCCUACCUAAUAGACAUUUUUUUGAACGCCACAAAUUUACAAGUGCGUACCAUAGAUUUUGUCGUAGUGUAGUUUACACGUAGCUCGUCAUCCAGCCAACUCGCCUUCCUCGUCUGCCCUCCAUGUCCAUAACGACUGAUAGUCGUCACAAACUCUCCCUAUCCUUUUAGUUGUAAGUAUCGCUUUAUAUUUUGACACUUAAGCCUCAUUGAUACUGUGUUUCAAUAAAUCGAUUGACCAGGAGGUUGAUUCGCUAUUAGGAA